AGCGCAGCAUCGUCCCACCGGCGUGUCACCGGGAAUCAAGACGACGCCGCGGCGGAGCCGCCAGUCUGCAGCCACAUCAGCGGAGCGGCCGGACUCUCCCCCAGGACUCUCUCUCCCCCAGACCCCACACAGCUCUGUCCCAGCAUGCUCAGCCCUCUGUUCCGAGCCCACGGGCUCCUGGUGGCCUCUCACCCCUGGGAGGUCAUCGUGGCCACCGUCACCCUCACCAUCUGCAUGAUGUCCAUGAACAUGUUCACCGGCAACGACCAGAUCUGCGGCUGGAACCUGGACUGCCCUCGCGCCGAGGAGGACAUCCUGAGCAGCGACAUCAUCAUCCUGACCAUCACACGCUGCAUCGCCAUCAUCUACAUCUACUUCCAAUUUCAGAACUUGAAACAGCUGGGAUCCAAAUACAUCUUAGGCAUUGCUGGUCUUUUCACCAUAUUCUCCAGCUUUGUGUUCAGCACAGUCGUCAUCCACUUUUUUGAUAAAGAGCUCACAGGCCUCAAUGAGGCAUUGCCCUUUUUCCUGCUUCUCAUCGACCUCUCCAAAGCAUGCGCCCUCGCCAAGUUUGCCUUAAGCUCGAAUUCUCAGGAUGAAGUGAGGGACAACAUCGCCUCUGGCAUGGCUGUGCUGGGCCCCACCUUCACCCUGGAUGCUCUGGUAGAGUGCUUGGUGAUCGGAGUGGGAACCAUGUCAGGUGUGAGGCAGCUGGAAAUCAUGUGUGGCUUCGGAUGCAUGUCUGUCCUGGCCAACUACUUUGUGUUCAUGACCUUCUUCCCUGCGUGCGUGUCUCUGGUGCUGGAGCUGUCCCGCGAGAGCAAGGAGGGCCACCCCAUCUGGCAGCUCAGCCACUUCUCCAGAGUGAUGGAGGAGGAGGACAGCAAGCCCAACCCCGUAUCCCAGAGAGUCAAGAUGAUCAUGUCUCUGGGUUUGGUGAUGGUUCACGCCCACAGCCGCUGGAUCUCCAAACCCCUGUCCAUGAACAGCACAGACGGGAUCCCGCAGGUCGGCAUGGAGAUGGACCAGCAAUCCCCCAGGAGGAUCGAGCCGGAGAAGCCGCUCUGGCACUUCUACCUCACCAGGAUGAUAACCAUGGACAUUGAGCAGGUGAUCUGUCUGACCCUGGCCCUGCUCCUGGCUAUCAAGUAUAUCUUCUUUGAGCAAGUUGAAAUGGAGUCCACAUUUUCCCUAAGGAACCCCAUCACUAUGUCCACCCCCGCCCCAAAACUGCUGCACGCCAAGACCUGCUGCGUGAAGGAGAGCCCUGCCCCAUCAGCCCUGUCAGCCCCGUCAGCCCUGUCGGCCCCGGCUCUCACGCUGCCCUGCAGGGAGGACAGAGAUGAAGUGAUCCGGCCGUUCCCCGCCACCACCAAUGACUGCCAACCAAAGAACGCAUUCUUUCUGGGGGAGCGAGAUGGAGGGUUGAAGUCGGAGCCUGCUCGGCCUCCCCCCCCCCAAAAGCCCAGAGCACUGACUGAUUGUGUGGCGAUUCUCAACAACCCCGAGCUGGGGCCUCGUUUCCUGAGCGACGCUGAGGUGAUGCUGCUGGUGACCUCCAAACACAUCCCUGCGUACAAACUGGAGGCCGUGAUGGAGAGCCCCGAGAGAGGAGUGGCCAUCCGGAGACAGAUGAUUUCUCCAAAGCUGCCCCGAGCGUCGGUGCUGUCCUCCCUGCCCUACACCGGUUACGACUACUCCAAGGUCACCGGCACCUGCUGCGAGAACGUGAUUGGCUACAUUCCCGUGCCAGUGGGAGUGGCCGGACCUCUACACCUGGAUGGAAAACAGUUCCAGGUUCCCAUGGCAACCACAGAGGGCUGCUUGAUUGCGAGCACUAACCGUGGUUGCCGAGCAGUCGCACUGGGCGGCGGGGCCAGCAGCUGCAUCCUGGCCGACAGCAUGACCCGCGGGCCCGUGGUCCGGCUCCCCUCGGCCUGCAAAGCUGCCGCCGUCAAAGCCUGGCUGGAGAGCGGCCAGGGCUUUGAGACCAUCAAACAGGCGUUUGACAGCACCAGCAGGUUUGCUCGUUUGCAAAAGCUGCUGGUCGGCCUGGCGGGGAGGAACCUCUACAUCCGCUUCCACUCCAGCACCGGAGACGCCAUGGGGAUGAACAUGAUCUCCAAGGGUACAGAGCAGGCCCUCGGCGUCCUGCACCAGCACUUCCCAGAGCUGCAGGUGAUUGCUCUCAGUGGGAACUUCUGCACAGAUAAGAAACCAGCCGCCAUCAACUGGAUCGAAGGCCGGGGCAAAUCUGUCGUCUGUGAAGCCACCAUACCUGUAAAGGUGGUGACAGAGGUCUUAAAAACAACAACACAAGCUUUGAUAGAAGUCAACAUCAAUAAAAACCUGGUGGGCUCCGCCAUGGCGGGAAGCAUCGGCGGCUUCAACGCGCACGCCGCUAACCUGGUGGCUGCCAUCUACAUCGCCUGUGGGCAGGAUCCGGCUCAGACGGUGGGCAGCAGCAACUGCAUCACACUCAUGGAGCCGUCAGGGCCCACAGGAGAAGACCUGUACAUCAACUGCACUAUGCCCUCUAUAGAACUGGGGACUGUGGGGGGGGGCACCAACCUGCCCCCCCAGCAAGCCUGCCUGCAGAUGUUGGGUGUGCAGGGAGCCAGCCAAGACUGUCCUGGGGAAAAUGCCCGCCAGCUGGCCAAGAUUGUGUGUGCCACAGUCCUGGCCGGAGAGCUCUCCCUGAUGAGUGCCCUGGCUGCUGGUCACCUGGUCAAGAGUCACAUGACACACAACAGAUCAAAGGUGAACCUGCAGGGACCUGAAGCAAUAUGCAGCAGGAAAACCUCCAGAGACGGAAAAUAGCUAACUAAGUUCACAGACAGAUCAGUAAAGUCAGGGAAACAUGGACAAUCUGCCGAGGACUGAUUCCUCGUCAGGGAGAAAGCAUCUCCCCCUCCACUGAGGCGUUCAACCUGAGCAUUUCACUAACUGAUACGGUGGAUAUGAAAAGGAUCCAACUCACGAACUUGUAUCGCUGUGGAUUUUGUUGACCAUCUGCUACAAGUCAAUGUGGUUCUGUUGUCAUAUUUGAUGUGUGUACUGAAUGUGGCAUGAAUCUUUAAUUAAAACAACAGAAUUAAGUGUUAACAGAAGUGUGCGGAACCUGCUCCCAGACCCAGAAUGUAUGACCCUGAUGAAGGGUUGGUGGAGGCGGGCGUUUGUUGCUCCGGCCCUUCAGAACCCUACGCUCCCUCAUUCAGUGAAAGCAGGAGUCAUUCAGAGUUGACAAAUCAAUAAAUGUGACGUUUACUGAGUGUGUCUGAACAUUCACACACUCAGUAUCAUAGCGCUGUGUAUCAAAGAUGC